CGCGUGUGCUUUGGAGUCUCUUUGUUUCAAGUCCGUUGUUCUUUGGCUGUUGCUUUGUGGAAGGAGUGUGUGGUAAAUAACUGAUUCAACCAACCGUAGUUAUGGAAAACGACGCAGGAGAGUUUGUCGACUUGUAUCGCCCUCGGAAAUGUUCCGCCAGCAACCGCAUCAUUCACGCAAAGGAUCAUGCGUCUAUACAGAUUAAUAUUGCCGAUGUAGAUCCAGCUACGGGACGUAUGACGGACACUACAAAAAUGUACGCAAUAUGUGGUGCCAUACGAAGAAUGGGGGAGUCUGAUGAUUGUAUAGCAAGGCUUGCAAAAAAGGAUGGCAUUCUUGCAAAGAACUUUUGAUGCCUGAUGUUGGUCUCUACAAAUUUGUACUAAAAUAAAAACUUUAUCCUAAAUAA